UGCCUGUCAGUGCAGGCGGAGAGUGCCUUGGAUCAAAUGGAUUGGAUCGAGAAGAUUACUGGGGUAAUUGCGUCAUUACUAAGUUCUCAGACUCCUGAAAGGUGUUUGUCUGGUAGUCCAAUGGGUAGCGGUCAUCAUAGAUCAACCAGUGAAAGUAGUUCAUUGGAAAGCUCUGAUUUUGAUCAUGGAGCAGUUGAAGAGUACCCACCUGAGAGGCUUGCUUCUGCGCAUAUAGAUCGUUCUUUGAGAAGCUCACAACACCAAAGAUCUGUUCUGAAAAGUGAAAAGCCAAUUGACAUAUUGCAGAAAGUAUGUGGUAACAACAAGUGUGCUGAUUGUGGUGCUCCUGAACCAGAUUGGGCAUCCUUGAAUCUAGGUGUUCUUGUCUGCAUUGAAUGCUCUGGUGUUCACCGCAAUCUUGGUGUACAUAUAUCUAAGGUGAGGUCACUGACUCUUGAUGUUAAAGUUUGGGAACCAGCUGUCAUAAAUCUGUUUCAGUCUCUGGGCAACACCUUUUCAAAUUCAGUCUGGGAGGAAUUGUUGCAGUCGAAGGGUGUCUUCCAGGUUGAUCUUGGCUCUACAGGGCCUAAUAAACAGCAAAUAGUUUAUUUCAGCAAGCCCAGUGCUAUUGAUUCAAUUUCAACAAAGGAAAAAUUUAUUCAUGCAAAGUAUGCAGAAAAAAUUUUCAUGCGGAAAUCCAAGGAAAAUCGUUCAGUGGCACAACAGAUGUGGGAUGCUGUACGUGCUAAUGAUAAGAAGGCUGCGUAUAGACUCAUAGUUAACUCUGAUGCAGAUGUAAAUACUAAAUAUGGUCAAGGAACUUGUAACACUACUCUUACCCUUGCCAGAUUAGCUCUGUAUCAAGAACAAACCUCCUUUGAUCAGUAUUCUGGUUUUCUGGAGCCGUCGUCUAGCUCUACAAGUACUGGUGAAGACAGUGUAUCGGAAGGUCUUCAUGGAUGCUCGUUGCUUCACCUCGCAUGUGAAACUGCAGAUAUUGGAAUGAUAGAGCUUCUUCUGCAAUACGGUGCAGACAUAAAUGCUUCAGAUUCCAGGGGUCACACACCUCUUCAUUCUUGUAUUGUCAGAGGCAAAACUACAUUUGCCAAGCUGCUUCUUACAAGGGGAGCUGAUACACGAGCUAUAAACGAGCAAGGUAAAACCCCGUUCCAGCUUGCGAUGGAAACAAAUUAUGACGACAGUGAGAUCCUGGCUUUAUUAUCGAACGGGUAAUGGACGCAAGAUAACGAGAAUGAUAUCGUUGGCCUCUCUGUUUGGGUGCAGUUUACUGUAAUUACAUGUGGUACUAGUUUAAGGUUUAUUAAAUUUGGGAU